AUGUUCCGUUUCGAUAACAAGGUCAUCUUCAUCACCGGUAUCGGCUCAACCGGCAGUGGCAUUGGCAAUGGCAGAGCCAGCGCCAUUUUGUUCGCGCGACAAGGGGGCACGAUCUACGGCGUGGAUUUGAAUCUCUCCGCUGCGGAGGAGACGCGCUCCUACAUCCUGUCCGAAAAUCCUCAGAUCGCAGACCGCAUCACCAUCUCGCAAUGCGACGUCACCUCGGCAGCGGCUGUGGACAGGGAGGUGGGGAAGUGCGUGGAGAAGUAUGGGCGGAUUGAUGUGCUGGUCAACAACGUUGGCCUCUCCGCACCGGGGUCGGCGGAGAGCAUGCCGGAGGACGUCUGGGGCAAGCAGAUGGACGUCAACAUUAAGAGCGUGUUCUUGUGCUGCAAGGCGGUGAUCAGGACUAUGUUGACACAACAGCCCCCAGGCGGCGCGAUUGUGAAUCUCUCGUCCAUCGCGGGGAUGAGACAUUUGGGCACCGAGCACAUUGCCUAUGCCUCGUCAAAGGCAGCCAUCAUCCAGUUCAGCAAGUCCACGGCUAUCGCGUACGCACCCAACAAUAUCCGAGUUAAUACAGUGGUGCCGGGGUUGAUGAACACGCCGCUCGUGCAGAGCAGAUUGUUGAAGCACCUUCCUGAGGGCGUGACUGGGGAGCAAUUGGCACGAAGCCGGGCGGCGAAGGUGCCACUGGGGAGAAUGGGGGACGCGUGGGAUGUGGCGCAUGCGGUCAUCUACCUGGCAAGUUCGGAAGCGAAGUACGUGACGGGAAGCGAGGUGGUGGUGGACGGAGGGAUCUCGUGUUGGACCGGCCCACCGGCGAGGCUGUAG